AUGGGUAAACAGAAGAUACAAAAGGACGACGGCAAUGUCGCUUAUAAAUUCCCAGCCGAGUUUCUAGAUCUUAAUGAGCAGUUAAAGAAACUGUUCUUCAAGCCUACGCCGACCACAGUUGUGGAAGAUCAAAUCAUUGUGGUGGACCAUUUCAUUCCAGUAACAGUCUGUGAUUUGCUUAUCAAGACAUUUGAGACCGGUUUAAAGCUAGAGACCACACCGUUGGUCAAAAGCAAAGGGUAUGCCGUUCGAGUGAAUGACCGAGUGUCACUUCCCAAUUCGUACGGUGCCAGUCAAAGUCUCUGGUUGUACUUAAACAGUAUCUUGAGUCAAGGUAAUGAAUAUGAAUAUGAAGACGACGACAACGACAUUUCCCAUACUUUCCAAGAUGCCAUAGGACUCAACCCCCAAUUACGGGUCUAUAGAUAUAGAAAGGGCCACCACUUUGGGAAACAUUAUGACGAGGCAGUGACUGUAGAUAAGCCCAAAGGGAAGACCAAAUGGACUCUUCUUAUAUAUUUAACUGGAGACGAUGAGUUUGAAGGUGGAGGAACGAUCUUCUAUCCCCGUCAUAACAGCAAGCAAGGCUUGAACAUCCAUCCUAAAAAGGGAAUGGCACUUUUGCAUAAACAUGGUGAUGAUUGCUUACAACAUGAAGCCGAAAUGGUUAAAUCCGGUGAGAAAUGGGUUCUUAGAAGCGACGUUGUAUUUUAA